AUGUCGGAAGACCUGGGUGGGAGAAUCGAUACGCGAAUCCCGGUCCGAUCAAUGUGGGUUCAAAAUACCUUUACAAAUGAAGCCUCCGCGAGAAGUGGCACAGAUCCAGAAAUCCUGCGCCAUUUCUCACGAUCACUGCAUCUCGUCAAUGAGAGACUAUCAGGACGACAUGCUUUAGAUAAUUCAACUCUUAUAGCUAUUGUUGGAUUAUCUCAGUUUGAGCGAGUUCAGGAUAACUACGAGGAAGCUCUGGUGCAUGUCCAGGGACUGAACCGCCUGGCUCUUCUUCGGGGUGGAAUUGCCGGAUUUCGAGAUCAUCCAGCUCUUAUGCAGAAACUUUUCAGGCAAGUCUUUUCACAUAGAACGGACCUCGAAAUCGCUCUGUACUUCGGAACCGCGACCACCUUUCGUGCAGAAGACCUGCCCAGCCAGAGUGUGACCCUAUGGCUACGGAAUCUAUACAAGAAAGAUAGGCAAAGCUAUUACAAGAGCCAAAAGCUGGCUUUGGGGCUGGACGAUUCCCUUCAAGCAAUUUUCUUAGACAUCAUGAGCUUAGCAGCAUUUAUCAGUGGUCGCACGCCAUGCCCGACGAAGCUUCAGAUCUACCCGUUCCACGAUAUGAUAAUAUUCUUGGGAUUUCGUCUGCUUGAAACCCGCCCGUUCAACCAAGCUGAACUGACCACAACAUACCAAAGCUUGAUGCAUCUGGCUCUAAUAGGCUUUUUAACGACAUUUCUACGAGGGCUUGCCGGUAGAGCAUCCAAUUUCAAGGCUGUGACGAGCUCACUCCGGAAGGCCAUCCUGGAAGCACCCAUUGAAGGGUACCAUUUCCAAAAGCUCGUUCUCUGGUCUGCCUUGAUAGGAGGACACGUUCUUUUCAACCAGAAUGAUGAGCACUGGCUUGUACCGCGGCUUGUCGAGGUUAGUUACGCCUUGAAUAUUGACGCAUGGAGUGGUGUUGAAGAAGUUCUGAUUGAGUUUCCCUGGAUUCCAUCAAUUCAUAACCAAAAGGCCAAGCGAUUAUGGAACAUGUCAAAAGAGGGCUGUUUCGAGCGUAAAAUAACAGCGGAAAUGAUCUCAUGGGGAUAA